AUGAAAAUAGCCACCUGGAAUAUAAAUGGUAUACGGACGUUCAAAUGUGGAAUCAAAAAGACACUCGAUGCACUAGACGCGGAUAUUAUCUGUGUACAGGAGACCAAAGUGACGAGAGACCUGCUCGAUGAGAGGACUGCCAUCGUUGAGGGCUACACCUCUUAUUUCAGCUUCAGCCGAGGGCGCAGUGGUUACUCAGGUGUCGCCACUUACUGCAAGAACAGCGCCAUGCCAUUUGCUGCUGAAGAGGGUCUCACUGGUGUGUUAACCAAUCACAAGGGGGCAAUCGGUUGCUAUGGUAACCAAUCUGGGUUUACAGACGAGGAGCUUCAGCUUUUGGACAACGAAGGGAGAGCAGUCAUCACGCAACACAAAGUGCAGUGUUUGAACCAAAUCCAAACUCUUACUGUAAUAAAUGUAUACUGCCCGCGAGCUGACCCGGAAAAGCCAGAGCGAAAAGACUUCAAACUGCAGUUCUACAAGCUGCUUCAGGCACGUGCUGAGGAUGUGCUGAAAAACGGGAGCUCUGUAAUUGUUCUAGGGGAUGUAAAUACCUCUCAUCGGCCGAUAGACCACUGUGACCCAAGUGAAACUGAUGACUUUGAGGAGAACCCUGGUAGGAAAUGGCUGAAUGGCUUUUUAAGGGACAAUGAAACAUCAAUGUCAGCAGACAUCCCACGCCAAGGCAUGUUUGUAGACACAUUUCGCCAUUUCUACCCGACACGCACCGACGCCUUCACUUGCUGGUCCACCCUCACGGGGGCUCGCCGCACCAACUACGGCACACGUAUCGACUACAUCUUUGCCGACUAUCAGCUGGCCAAAGAGCAAUUUGUGGCAGCCGACAUCAUGCCAGAGGUGGAGGGCUCUGAUCAUUGUCCCGUAUGGGGGGCCCUGCGGUGCUCUCUGCUACCCAGCUCCAAGCCGCCUCCUCUCGCCACCUGCCACCUGCCAGAGUUUGCCGGGAAGCAGCAGAAGCUUUCACGCUUUCUAAUUAAGGUGGACCAAAAAUCGUGUCGGACUGAGGGGAAGGAAGAGCUACCUGGAUCUCAGGAAGAAGACGAAAGGAGAGAGAAUAUAAACAUGUCGGGUACGAAGCGACUCAUGAAUACGGAGUCUGUCCAUCAGACAGCAAAAAAGGCCAAAACACUUAAGACUUCUUCAAAGCCACAGGGCAACCUUCUUGCCUUUUUUAAACCCACCAACUCACAAAAAUCCCUCAAAGCAUCCACAUUAACGGAUGAGGUCAAAGAGAUUUCAGCGGAUGACACGUCACAACUCAAUACCUCGCGAGAACAAAAGCAGGAGACACGAAGCGAACAUUUGAAUAUUGCCACAUCCAACCCACGAGGCGACAAAGGAACAUCUUCUGGCUUCUGGAAGUCCAUUCUUCACGGGCCGCCCCCGCCGCCUGCCUGUAAAGUUCAUGGAGAACCUUGCGUAUUGCGAACUGUCAAGAAAGAGGGGCCAAAUGUGGGCCGGCAGUUUUUUGUGUGCUCCCGCCCUCAAGGUCAUUCUGCCAACCCGGAGGCUCGUUGUAACUUCUUUGCAUGGGUUGACAAAGGCAAAUGA